ACAGUUAUUAUAAAUAUUUAGUGAGUGUAAGUUUAUGUAUUAGAUAUAAUUUACAUUAUGUUUGGUAACAAAUAAAUGUUUGACAAGAAAUAAAUUGGAUUUCAGUGAAAAGUGAUGAUAAAUAUAAAACUCAAAAGUUUUAUUUUUGUUUAAAGCCCCAAAGUGAACCGGUAUUUGUGUGGAGGUGUCCUAAAUUGGUUUGUGUGGUUCCUACUCGACAUAUGCCCACUACUAUCUCAUAUAAACACAUGAAUUUACUCAAGAGUUGUAUUAUACUACUUAAUUUUCUUUUAUGGUUGUUUGGAUGGGCUAUUCUUGGUAUUGGUAUAUGGUUACGGGUUGAUCCAAAAUCAUAUGAGCCCAGUCGGUUCAUUGACACUGAUAAUAUACUUCACGCCUCUAUGAUUAUGAUUAUUACGGGAUUUAUCAUAUUAUUGCUGGGCUUUGUUGGUCUCAUUGGUGUCAUCACUGAAAAUCCAUGUCUUUUAGCUACAUAUUUCACAAUAUUGAUAUGUCUAUUUGUUAUGCAAAUCGCUGCUAUUGUUUUGGGAAUAUUUCAUGGAUUUGGAGAGAGAUUAGAAAUAUUUUCAAAUGAGGAGAUAUUACAAAACCUACAACAGGCGCAAUACAAUGACCAGUCCCGCAGAUUUCUAGACUUUUUUCAAGUUAAGUUGGGAUGUUGUGGCGCUCAAUCAUUCAAUGAUUAUGCGAGAUAUGGUAUGACAAUCCCUACAUCAUGUUAUUUGUCAGGAACUACAUAUGUCAACGAACAGGGUUGUGGUCGAGCCUUACGAAGAUUUCUUGAACUCAGAUCCGGAAUAAUUGGUUUAUUGUGUUUGUUCUCAGCGUUAAUACAAUUAUUAUUGAUUGGUCUCUCUAUAACAUUAUUUUGUGCCAAACAAACUACUAUUGAUUCAAUGAAAUAGUUAUCAAAAUUGUUAGAUAAUACUAGUUUAAUAUCAAUGACACUAAAUUUAAUAAUCUUCAUUUUACUUAUUAUA